AUGCCACUUGAUGCACAGCAAUUAAAACUGUACUUCCAUACAGAAUUCCACUGGAUGAAGGUGAAGGUGAAAGUGAGUCGGGAUGAGCGGGGUGAACUCUUCAUCACGACUCUCAUUCUCGCAAUUGAGCCUUCAUCUUUAGUAAUCUUCUCAAUCACCGUCUCCAGAGUGAGAAAAGUUAGCACGCUGGCUACUUCAAGGAAGCGCAAUUACGAAGAUUGUAUUGCAAUGUCGCCAGCCGGAGGCAAUGCAAAAGUUAUCGCCACGAAGGGCGAUGUCAUACUUCAACUAGGCAAAGUCGGAGUCGGAGAUGGAGUACGCAAUGUUCUUGUUUCAUCCGUGGUUCUCAGCCUUGCUUCGCUAGUCUUUGCCACCAUGUUCGACGGUCGCUUCUCCAAGGGUCAGAGUCUUUCUCCGGCUCCGCCACGUACAGUCCCGCUUUCGGACGACGAUCCUAAGUGUAUCACCAUGACCUGCAAGAUCGGACACAUGCAGACGUCGCAACUUCCGACCACGCUCACCGCCAUGGACUUGUUCAAACUUGCGCUCGUGUGUAACAAGUACGAUUGUGUCGGUGUAGUCCGUGCGUGGGCUAUAAUAUGGGUUGCUGCAUUACUCGAGAUGUCUGCAGCUCAAGAUUUCGAGAAAUUGUUUCUUGCUACACAUCUGCUUGAUCUGUCGGGAGAGUUCUCCAGAGUUUCUCAGAGCUUAAUACGCGAUCAAUCAACAACGUUCAGUAUCGUUAAAGCUAUGGCUGGCCAAGAGUUUCUACCCUGGACUGUGUACCAGUGUAUACUGCUUGGUCAAAUGGCAUAUCGGCAGGAAAUCAACGAGGCAUUUGGUUCGAUUGUCACCGGAAAAGAGAGAUGCAGUGCAUCCCAGCGGUCCACCUGCAUGUUUCUCCACAGCCUCAAGAAAUGCGGCAUAUGGCCUACACACGAUCACUCGGUGCCGGCUAUCAAGUCUAAGCUUGAAAACGUUGGCAAAGCUGCCUUUCCUGCUGACAGCAAGCGAUGUGCAAGCUAUCAAAAUCUCUGUAUCUGCGGGGCUGUUAGUUGCGCGAAGAGAAACCUUGUAUAUAAGCUUAACAAGAUCUACAACGCAGUAUAG